AUCUCUCAAAAUUACAAAAGUCGAACAGUGUUAGUUGCUUCACAGAAUAAACCAACAUAACAUGGCUUCCGUUUCCACCAUCACCUCCUCUUUCCUCUACACCAAUACCUCAACCCCUUCUUCCAAAUCCCUCUCUUUCAACACAACCCUUAACCUCGGUGUUCAAAGAAAAUUCUCUGUUUCCGCAUCAGUAGCAGCAGCUAAUUCACCACCACCCUAUGACCUUAAUUCUUUCAAAUUCGAUCCAAUUAAGGAGUCGAUUGUGUCACGUGAGAUGACACGCAGGUACAUGACAGACAUGGUGACACACGCUGACACCGAUGUUGUCAUCGUAGGUGCUGGUUCUGCUGGUCUUACAUGUGCUUAUGAACUUAGCAAGAAUCCAAAUGUUAAUAUUGCAAUCAUUGAACAAUCUGUUAGUCCCGGUGGUGGUGCUUGGCUCGGUGGCCAACUCUUCUCUGCAAUGGUUGUGCGGAAGCCAGCACAUCUAUUCUUGAACGAACUUGGAAUUGAUUAUGAUGAAAAGGACAACUAUGUUGUGAUCAAGCAUGCAGCUCUCUUCACUUCCACCAUCAUGAGCAAGCUUCUAGCAAGGCCAAAUGUGAAGCUUUUCAAUGCUGUUGCUGCUGAAGAUUUGAUUGUGAAGAAUGGAAGAGUUGGUGGUGUUGUCACUAAUUGGGCUUUGGUUUCUAUGAACCAUGACACUCAAUCUUGCAUGGACCCAAAUGUUAUGGAGGCUAAAGUUGUUGUUAGUUCUUGUGGCCAUGAUGGUCCUUUUGGAGCCACCGGAGUUAAGAGGCUCAAGAGUAUCGGCUUGAUCGAUACCGUCCCUGGAAUGAAGGCUCUCGACAUGAACACCGCUGAGGAUGCUAUUGUUAGGCUUACUAGGGAGGUUGUCCCUGGAAUGAUUGUUACUGGUAUGGAGGUUGCUGAGAUUGAUGGUGCUCCAAGAAUGGGUCCAACAUUUGGAGCAAUGAUGAUAUCAGGGCAGAAAGCAGCCCAUCUGGCCUUGAAAUCACUAGGACUUCCUAAUGCUGUGGAUUAUGCAACAAACAUCCACCCUGAGCUUGUCCUAGCUGCUGCUGAUUCUGAUGAAACUGCAGAUGCUUAAUUGAUCAAUGUUACCAUUAACUAUGUUAUCGUAGUUAAUAGUAUCAAAAAUUUGUUGUUGGUAGUUUAGUUAUGUUCGGCUGGUUGAUGGACUCUAGAUGAGGUUAUGAUAAUAACGUGACAUGAAUAAAUGGUUGCAAGCACUUAGAAGUGUCUAUGAACAAAUUUUUCACUCUUGAUGAAUUAGAGAGAGGAAAGUUGUCUCUUGAGUAAAUCUUAUCCAUUUCAA